UUACAUUACAUGGUGGAGUUCAUCACUCAAUAAAAGGUCAGUGUUAAAUUAGGGUUUCGAAUCAAAUCCCUAAUUCCGACCGUCGACGACGACGACGCUGAGAUGAGUAGCAGCAGAUCGAGGAACUUCCGGAAGCGCUCCGGCACCGACGACGUCAACGGCGAUGAAAAGCCCGCCGCACCGCCGCAGUCCUCCGCCGAACCUAAGCUCCGUGCCCCCAAACCCCCUGACCGCCCUAAACUCCUUAGCUUUGCCGACAAUGAGGAAGAUGAUGAUGGCGUUGCCCUAGUUCGCUCUUCCGCCCCCUCCACCCGCCCCGCCGCCAUCCACAAGCUUUCUUCGGCCAAGGAACGCUCCGGCCCGCGCGUGCCCGUUCCCUCCAAUGUCCAGCCUCAGACCGGCCAGUACACCAAGGAGAAGAUCCGCGAGCUCCAGAAGAACGCCCGCUCCCUCGGCACCCGCACUUCCAAGCCCAAGGCGACGUCUUCGCCGCCCUUGUCUGACUCUACAAAAAGCCAAAAAUCCCAAGCCUCCGCUGAGCCCGUCAUCGUCCUCAAAGGUCUCGUUAAGCCCGCGUCGCCUCCUUCUGUUUCGGGUCGCAAGGAGGAGAACGAUGAACAGGAGGACGAAGAACAAGACGAGGAUGAUGGUUCUGGGGACCAGAUGAGGUUUUCAGGUUUGAGUAUUGCUAUGAAGGCACAGGAUUUAUCUUCAGGAAUUCCCGACCAGGCGACGAUCGAUGCGAUCAGGGCGAAGAGAGAGCGCCUCCGUCAGUCUCGUGGGCCGCUGCCGGAUUUCAUAUCGCUUGAUGGCGGCGGAGUUGUGGGAAGCCGUCCGCCUGAUGGAGGGUCUAGCGAUGAUGAGGAAAGUGAUUUUCGUGGUAGGAUUUCUUUGUUUGCAGACAACAAGGAUGGUGGGACAAAGAAGGGUGUUUUCGAGGACAUUGAUGAGAGGAUGGUUGUGUCUGAGCCGAUGGCCUCUGAUAGAGGAUAUAGAGAUGUGGUUAAUGAUAAGGAGGACGAUGAGGAUGAGGAGGAGAGGCGAUGGGAAGAGGAGCAGUUCAGGAAGGGAUUAGGAAAGAGGAUUGAUGAGGCUACUGGCCACCUUGUAAGCAACAGUGUGCUGCCCGGCCCGGCCAUGCAUCCCCCGUCUUCUCAUUUAUUGGCCGGAGCCACUCUUGGUACUCCGUCUGGAAUUGGAAUUAACAUAUCUAGGAGUGCAGAGGUUAUCUCCAUUCCACAGCAAGCUGAGGUUGCCAAACGGGCUUUCCAUGAAAAUUUCAGCAAGCUUAAGGAGACUCAUAACAGGACCUUGAAUUCUUUGAUGAGGACUGAUGAGAAUCUAUCAGAAGCUCUCUCAGAUAUCACUUCAUUAGAGAAGUCCCUGGAAGCAGCCGGUGAGAGGUUUAUUUUCAUGCAACAGCUCCGUGACUUCAUUUCUGUAAUUAGCGACUUCUUGCAAGACAAAGCCCCAUAUAUAGAGGAAUUGGAAGAGCAGAUGCGAAAGUUGCAUGAAGUGAGGGCUUCUGCUGCUUUAGAACGAAGAGCUGCUGAUUCGGCUGAUGAAUCUAGUGAAGUAGAAGCUGCUGUGAAUGCUGCAUUGUCUGUUCUCAGUAAGGGCUCUGGAGCGACUUUUCUGUCUGCUGCCACAAGUGCUGCUCAGGCUGCUGCUGCUGCUGUGAGAGAGAGCUCUAGUUUGCAGGUUCAGCUGGAUGAGUUUGGGAGGGACAUCAACUUACAGAACCGCAUGGACUCUGCUCGGAGGGCUGAGAAAAGAAAGAGGAGGAAAAGUAGGUCAGAGGCCAAGAGAAUGGCACAGAUAGAAAGGGACACCACAUACCAUCGGAUUGAAGGGGAAUCGAGCACCGAUGAGAGUGAGAGUGAGGGGGAUGCCUACAUCUCUAGUCGGGAUGAGUUGCUGCAGACUGCAGAACAGGUUUUUAGUGAUGCAGCUAAUGAUUACUCGAAGCUUUCUAACGUGAAAGAGAAGUUGGAAGAGUGGAAGAGACAGUACUCUUUGAAUUAUCGUGAUGCUUACAUGUCUCUGAGUGCACCUGCCAUCUUCUCCCCAUAUGUGAGGUUGGAACUUCUUCACUGGGAUCCACUCUAUAAGAAGACAGAUUUCAAUGACAUGGAUUGGCAUGAACUACUGUUUGAUUAUGGGCUACCAGGGAAAAAUAGUGAUUAUGGUCCUGAUGAUGCGGAUGCUAAUCUUAUUCCUGUGCUAGUGGAGAAGGUAGCUCUGCCAAUUCUGCACCAUGAAAUUGCACAUUGUUGGGAUAUGUUAAGCACCCGGAGGACAGAGAAUGCAGUUUUUGCUACGAGUUUGGUCAUAAAUUAUAUCCCAGCUUCUAGUGAGGGUUUGAGGGAGCUGCUGUCUGUUGUUAGAAGUCGUCUAGAUGAGGCCAUUGCUGGUCUCAGUGUCCCGACAUGGAGUGCACUGGUUAUGAAAGUUGUGCCAGGCGCUGCACAACUUGCAGCAUACCGAUUUGGAGUGUCUGUUCGGCUGCUCAGAAAUAUUUGCCUGUGGAAGGAUAUACUUGCACUACCGAUUUUAGAGAAGCUCGCGCUUGAUGAUCUUUUGGGCAAGAAACUUCUUCCACAUGUUAGAAGCAUCAUGCCAAACAUUCAUGAUGCAGUUACUCGGGUAGAGAGGAUAAUCGCAUCACUGUCUGGGGUUUGGUCAGGCUCUAGUGUCACAGCAGAUCACAGUCACAAGCUGCAGCCUUUGGUGGAAUGUGUUGUGGAACUGGGAAAGAGGUUGGAGAAUAGGCACACAUCAGGUGUGAGCAAGGAAGAUACCCUUGGGUUGGCUCGCCGCGUGAAGAAGAUGCUUGUUGAUCUCAAUGACUACGAUAGGGCCAGGGCAAUACUGAAAACAUUUCAACUUAAAGAAGCAUUAUGAGGUCAUGUUCUUCAGGCUGUGUGACUUCUGAAGGAGAUUGUUGUUUAGAUCAGUGAAUAUGACCCACGGUUGGGGCUGUAUAUAAUGAGGGUAUUCAGCCCAAAAGAGCUAGUAUUUGCAUACGCAUUCACAACAGAUAAACUCAAAUCAGUUCUGGUCACACGAAAACACAAAUUGUAGUGGCUUAGAUAUCUUCAUUAUUCAGAACUGGCUGAAUAAUUCCAAUGUUUACCAAUUUUGUAAUGGCUGCAUGAACAUUGAUAGUUUCCUGGAGCUUCAAGUUCAAAAGUGCUCAAAUAUCAUAUCCAGUCUUGUUCUUGAUCUAACUUUGGCUUCCAUUGAUGCAGGCUGAUGUUUCUUGCUAUCUAGUCAAGUCUGCAAAUACCCCUUAUGAAUAUCUCUCUGUAGUUAACAUGUUAUGCCAGGACUGCCUUUUCCUUGUAAUUCUAUUGCUCAAAUUUUUAGUCGUCGCAUUCUUUGCAAUCAGGUACUAAAUUUUAUGGA